AUGGCCGAUCGCUACACCGCUUCUCCUUAUCGGAGCAGCAGGCAAUACAACGCUGCCCCCGCAUCCUCUUCCUCGCACCAUCAUGGCGCAUACAACGACAACAUUGACGUCGACACCGUCGACUACGACGAUACGGGCGUUCCCGCUCCUCACCAUCUUGCCACUUCUCACUCGGUCUCACCCUACCCAGCCCCUCUUGUAGCACCUACGCCGCUCUCGCCUGCACGACGACAUCUGAACGAGAUGCAAGAGCUGCACGCCGCCCCUUCCGGCUACGUCUCCCAAUCUCCCUUCCGCUCUUCGCUGGCCCUUUCACCAGACACGAUCCGUGGAGGCUAUCUUCCGACCUUUGACAGUCACGACACGCUCUACUACCAGAACGAGCCCAAAUUUGGGCAGUACGACGACGAUGGUGCCUCGACUUACUACUCGCACCGCGAUUCUGGAGACGCUUGGGCCAUGGAGGACGCUGAACACCAGGGUGCGCACGACUCGCUCGCUCAGUCUCGCGACCGCUACAUUAAGCGCAAGUCCGCUGCACUCGCGGCUACCGAGUCGGCCUACAACUUGGCACCGCCGAAACCGGCCCGCUUUCCCUUCCUCGCCGCCCUCGCUCCGCACAAAAAAUACCUCAUCGCGGCGGGCUCCAUCCUUGCCGCCAUCGUCUUUGCCGUCAUCAUCUUCUUCGCCACUCGUCACAACACUAACGCGACCAUCGUCGACGGCCCCUUGACCAACAGCGGUCCCUCGGGCAAUCCGACAGCUGGCGUGGUCAAGUCGGACAAGUCGGACCCGAGCAAGUUCGACAAGGAUCCCCGCUUGCACCACUCGAUGUACGGAAUCUGCUACACGCCCUUCCAUGCGCAGUAUCCUUCGUGCGGCGCGACACAGAGCAAUGUCACGGAGGACAUUCAGCUUCUCUCCCAGCUGACAUCGCGUGUCCGACUGUACGGCUCGGACUGUCAGACCUCCCAGAUGGUGCUUGAGGCGAUCAAGCAGACCAAGGUCGACAUGACCGUCUUCCUCGCCGUAUGGAUCGACGACAACGCCGACACGGUCCAGCGUCAGAUCGACAACGUCGUCGAUGCAGUCAAGACCUACGGCACGGACCACAUUGCCGGCAUCACAGUCGGCAACGAGUACCUUCUCAAUGGUGGAAGUGUCACCACUCUCCUCGCUCACAUCGCUGCUGUAAACACUACUGUCAACGCUCUCCCCAACCUCGGCAAGUACAUCCCCAUCGGCACGGCUGAUGCAGGCAGCAUGGUCUCGACUCAGCUUGCCACUGGAGCAGACUACGUGAUGGCCAACGUGCACCCGUGGUUCGGCGGUCUCCCCGUCGACCAAGCCGCCGGAUGGAUCUACGAGUACACCAACACCAACGAGCCCUCCACCGCGCUGCUCGCGCCCAACAAGCCUACGCUCUACGUCGCCGAAGCCGGCUGGCCCACCGGCGCCAACCAGACCAGCCUCAUGACCUACCAGGGUGCCACGGCGGGCAUUGCUGAGCUCAACACGUUCCUCCAGACCUUUGUCUGUCAGUCCAACGCCAACUUUACGCAGAGCGCCCUCCAGCCCAGCUUUAUUUUCGAGGCCUUCGACGAGCCGUGGAAGGACGUGCUGUACGGAGGCGUCGAGGCUCACUGGGGCCUGUUCGAUGCGAACAAGAAGCUCAAGGAUGGUCUUGUCAUUCCGGAUUGCGCUGCGCCUUAA